UUGUUCAACCCAUCAAUCUCAUUUCCCGAUACUUGUGCAUCGGAAUUUUUUUUAAUUUUUCAGCGCUUAUCUGCUAACAUCAGAUUUAGUCUAAAAGAAGCAGUUCUUCGUAAAACCGUUUUGGAGCCAGUGGAACUUUUGCUACAAGCCACUUAUUCGUUGUCAGACACUACGCUACAAGCUUACGAUGUUUAUGGCAAAAUUCAUACAGUUAAACUGCAAUAUGUGCUUUACAAAGAAAAAGUUGGCAUUCGACCAGGGCAAAUCUCGCGUUUGGUGGAUGGUCACAUCACCAAGUACGGACUGCCGUUGGAGCAUACGGCGCAAUGUACAGUACUGCUGAAGUUCGGCUCGCUAACCUCCACUGAACUGCAGUCGUUUGUGUCCACGAUAGAGGAUGUGCUCUUCAAAUGUCCAGCGAAAAGAGACACAAAGCCGGUUUAUAAGCAGGAUGAAGUACAGAUUCACUGCUACGAUGAAUACUCCGCUUACGUAGAUAAAGAUGGUGUCCUGUCCGAUCAAAAGGCACGAGUGCGACUGUUUUGCCUCGCUUUCGUAACAGGCUCACCAUUCCUGGAAAUUGGUCUGAACGAUCGCAGAAGGCAGGGAAAG